AUGGCGCUCACUUCCUCAUACAUCUGCUUCAAUUGCAGGCUAACAUCCAGACAUGGACUAGCCCAGACGCCUUUGCGUAACUUUUCUGCCGGCCGACGCUAUCGGGACGUGUUGCGACCCGCGACAGCUCCGAAACCCACACCGGACAUCAAGCACAUCCGCCAAAAUGCGGACCUCUACGCAACGAAUUGCAUAGACCGCAACUAUGCAGCCCACGCCGAUUAUCCUUUCAAAAUGCAACGGUUGUCCGAGGAAGCCACAAAGCUUGAUCACGACCUGAAAACCCCCCGAUCCCGCAUCAAGCAAUUAGAAAAGACGAUUGCCAAGCUGCAUAUUGCGGCGCGGCAAAACACAAAAGGCCAAGAUGGAAACAAAAGUGAAAAGAGCGUUAGCGAGGAAAUUGCUGAACUCAAAUCGGAAGCCCAGCGAUUGAAAGACGACUCGCAGGCCAUGACCGAGCGCAAGGCAACAUGCACUGAAGAGAUCAACCGACUCGCCCUCGCCCUCCCGAACCUCUCCUCCUCAUUCACACCCAUUGGACAUGUCCCUAGUCUUGUGACAUACAUAAACUUCGACCCCCAUGAGCGCCCAUCAUGGACAAAGCAGUCACCAGCGGAGCUCCAGGCACGGUCCCACGUCACAAUCGGAACGGCGCUAAAUCUCCUAGACUUCGCGAGCUCCGCCACAACAACAGGAUGGGGCUGGUACUUCCUUAUCAACGAGGGAGCCAUGCUGGAACAAGCGCUGGUCCAAUAUGCCCUGCAAGUCGCCCGACGCCGGGGCUGGAAGACCGUCGCGCCGCCAUCAAUCGUCUAUUCCUACAUCGCCGAGGCAUGUGGAUUCCAACCACGCGACCAACACAACGAGCAACAGAUCUGGUCUAUCGAACAGAAUGAGCGCGAUCGCGACAGCAAGCCCCAGCGCUCGCUCACCGGAACAGCCGAAAUCCCCCUCGCUGCCAUGUACGCCGGCCGGGAUAUCAACGCCGCCGAGCUACCCAUCAAACUAGUCGGGGCCAGCCGAUGCUACCGCGCCGAGGCAGGCUCCCGCGGCGUCGAUACAAAGGGUCUCUACCGCGUCCACGAAUUCACAAAGGUCGAACUUUUCGGCUGGACAGAUAGUUUCCGCUCUGCAGAGUCAAUCUCCGCAGUCCCUACAUCCGACGACCUCUUCGACGAGCUCCUGGAAAUGCAAACAGAGAUCCUAACCGCUCUCCAUCUCCCCUGCCGAGUCCUUGAAAUGCCCACUGGUGACCUAGGCGCCAGUGCAACCCGCAAGCGUGACAUUGAAGCGCUCUUCCCCUCUCGUCUCCGCCCUGCCGCGUCUACGGGUACCCCUGUUGACCCGGAGAUCCAUGAUCUGGAAUCUGCCUGGGGAGAGGUUACCUCUGCUUCUAUCUGUACGGACUACCAGAGUCGCCGGUUGGCGGCGCGUGUGCGUGGUGGCGCGGCUAAGGAGUCGCGGUUCCCGCAUACCGUGAAUGGUACUGCUAUGGCUGUACCGCGUGUGCUUGCCGCUAUCUUGGAGAAUGGAUGGGAUGCAGAGCGUGGUGUUGUUGUCAUUCCUGAGGUUUUGCGUCCCUGGAUGGAUGGGAUGGAGAGUAUUGGUCGACGCUAG